CCACGGAAAAUGUGACCGAGCAUUGCCGUCGUAUCGAUACCUCCGAGUCUCUAUUUCUGUGCUUCGUCUCUCCAAGUGACACCUGCUCUGAAAGCGAAAUUGUCAGCGGAACACGGUUGACAUCAUUUUCCUAAGACGCGCGCUGACUUCAUUCGGCGUUCGUGAUAUUUGUGACCAGCUGACACACGCGUGUGUCAAAACGUGUCGCGACGAUGAAGAUGUAGAAGGGGACGCGCUAACCGAGAUUUAAUUAAGCAAGAGAAUAAUUGACACGCGUAUCUAUCGGCAUAUACAUUGACCGCAGUGUGCCAGUGUGGAGUGACGUGUCUGUCCAUCGUCAAACGGAUUUCGCUGUCGUGAUGAAGCUACACGAGAAGAAAGAGUCAGGCAUCCACAAGGUGCAAGAGGUGCCUCUCGAAGAGCUGGACCUAUCGAAGGAGUACAAUGUGGAGAAGACCCUAGGCGAAGGUAGUUUCGCAAAAGUCUUACUAGCGACGCACAGAGCGACGCAAACGAGAGUGGUUCUCAAAGCAGUCCACCAGGAACUCACAUCGGAAAAGGACUUUUUCCGAGAGUUCCAUUAUUCAUAUCAUUUGAGCCCGCAUCCUAAUAUACUCUGCUCAUACGCCGUCGCGUUCAAAGCGGAAAAAUGUUUCGUCUUUGCGCAGGAGUAUGCGCCGUACGGCGAUCUCGCCGGCAACGUGAAGGCCGGCGGAUUAAGCGAAGACGCGUGUAAGAGGAUCGCCGGCCAACUCGCCUCAGCCCUCGAUUUCAUUCAUUCGAAACAACUAGCCCAUCGCGAUAUCAAGCUGGAGAAUGUACUAGUGUUCGCUCACGACAUGAGCAAAGUGAAGCUAUGCGACUUCGGUUGCACGAGACGCGAGGGCACUCUAGUGAACAAGAUCCGCUGCACGUGGGUGCCGUUUCAACCACCCGAGAUUCACGAGAUCAUCAAGAAUGAGAGAUACGCGUGCAAGAGGAGCUCGGACUGCUGGCAGUUCGGCAUCGUCCUGUUUGUCUGCCUGACCGGCAAUCCGCCGUGGCAGAGCGCUGACCCGAUUCGAGACCUGGACUACUCGGCCUUCCAGCGCUGGCUUAAGCGACGCACUACCAAGAUUCCGCCUACUUUCCGAAGAUUCACCCCCCGAUUGCUGCGAUACUUCAGACGAGCGUUUGAGCACAAGCCGGAGAAGAGACCGCACGUCACCGAGAUCAACAAGUACUUGAAGGACUCGUGGUGUAUCAGCAAGAUUAGCCAUAGUGCGACGUCAACGUCGGUUGACGUGAGCGAGAGCCUCGCCAGGCGAGGCGACAGUCUGCUUUAUCUCGACACCAUCCUGGAUGACCGACACAAUGUGGACGAGAACAAGAACAAGCUAAGGAAGCUGCUCAACAGCUACGGCCUGGAGACCACAGUGGACCAGAAAGUCGUUACCAAGAGAAUAUGGGAAUGGGUAAUGCAGUGCGACUCUAACAUCGACAUGGAGCCCGGCCUGAUCAGUGGCUUCAGUACAGAGGACAUGUGAGAGAUGGUGAGAACCUGCAGCGAGCCGUGCCUUCGGAUUGUUCACGAAGAACCGAACAAGUUCCGCAUAGGCAGCUUUCACAUGUCGAACUCUUACAGAUGUGCCAAAUAACCAGGACCUACAUAGCCGAGAGAUACUUCCCGAAUAAUUCGUUCGGAAUAUUCUCUGAAAAGAAAGAGAAAAAUACAAAACACAGCUCUGUUCCAGAGUGCUGCACACGAGCGGACCAAUUAUCGAUGAACUUCCUUAAUUAGUAAGAACGGAAAUUGGAAGAAUUCGAAAGACAAUGAUACUUGUAGUGAUCGGUAUAAAGAAUUCCCGAUAAUUAAUAAUCCCUAAAAGAGAAAGCAACAUAAAUGAG